AUGCCAGGAGAAUUAGUUGAUCGCCUACAGAGAGUAAGGGCUCAGGUAGAUGAUAAUGCUGUACAUUACGUGGGAGGUGGAAAGGCUUCGCGUGCAGAUGCAAGAAACUCAGUCUUUAAAUUAAAAUAUAGAUUUGCAACAAUGCCUGAAAGAAAUCGUAUUCGCAUUAUGAUGGAUAUGUUUGGACAUGUCUUGGGAGAACAUGAUCCCUCAGAUGAUGAAGACUGGGGAAAUUGGAAUAAGGAUAAAGUAAAUGUAUGUAAAUCUGUGGAGAAAUUAGAACAGUCAGCAGAUAUGGGAGCUGUUUUGGUUUUGGAGUUUGAGAAGGUCACACAAGAAGAUCAAGAAAUGGAGGAAAAUUUAAUUGACACGGAACACGCAACCGAAAAAAAUAAACAAACUGAAUCUGUUGAUAAUGCGAAUGUCAGCAAAGCAAUUUUACAAACUAAACAUAAAACAGCAAAGGAAGUACCUGAAGAUGUAUUGGAAUUACCUUCUCAAGAGGAAUUAACAAAUAAUGAUGAAGGAGAGUUACGUAAAUUUAAUACAUUACAACGUGAAUUUAUGUUGCAAAAUUUAACAGAAUGGUAUAGAGAAAUUGUCAAACAAUAUAAAGAAGGUGUAAAAUUGGUAAAGGUUGCAAGAAGUGGAAAGAAGUUUAUCCGUGUUGUUAAGUUAACUGAUUCAGGUUUCUUUGAAAUAUCAUCUGUAACUUCCAAAACUGAUCGCAAAGUUCACUUAACUAGUAUAAAAGAAGUAGAUCUAGGGAUCGAAGCGUUUGAAUUCAAACAAUGUGCUAAAAUCAAUCCUCAGAAUCCCCCAAUUCCUGAACUCUCUUGUGUACUUAAUUUACCUGAUAAAAAGACUCUUUGUUUGAUGUUUACUGCAGAAGAAGCGAGGAAUUCUUUUGUAUUUAUGAUUAGAGUUUUAAAAAAGAAAUUCGAGAAUGCAAAAACAGCUUAA